AGGGGGAGAGGAGCAAGAAAGAGAAGAGGAAGGGAGAGAGAAAAGAAAGGAACACAGGAAUCAUGUUGUGCUGCAUUAGAAGAACUAAACAGGUGGAGAAGAAUGAUGAGGCUAAUGGGAAAGCAGAGCAAGAUACGCCCAAAACUGAAGACAAGGCCCACAAGGCUGCCACAAAAAUCCAGGCCAGCUUUCGUGGCCAUAUAACACGGAAAAAGCUUAAAGGGGAGAAGAAAGGAGAGCCAGCUGCAGCAACGACAGUGGAGGGAGAUAAGAAAAAAGAAGACCCUAAAAAAACAAAUGAGCAAGAAGCAGCAAAUGCAGCUGUGCCUGGUUCAGAGGCAAAAACACAUGAGGCAGAGAAGACAGCUAGCAGUUCUGCAGCAGCCCCCUCAGCUAAUGGGAAAGAGACCGCAACGGAAAACGUGGAGAAAGCAGCGCCCAUUGCGACAGAUGAAAAGACCACGGCUAGUGAGAAGGAUGCCAAGGAAACAGGAAGUGACACAAGUGCGGCAGCUGAAAGUACUCCAUCUUCCAAUGUCAUCUCCAACCAAGAAAAGGAGAAGAAACAAGCAGAGGCAUCUGCAGCUGAAGCAGCAUCAAAGGCCCAAACCGAGACAACUGAUAGUAGCACAGCACCAGACUCUGCGGAAGAAACAAAACUCUCUGAAAGUGUCCAACAUGAAGAGGUUAAAGGUGAUGGAAGCAAGGAUGCUGAGGAAAAUGCCUGAAGAUGCAAGUUCUCCGAUCCCAGCUAUGCUCUCCCCUUUGACGUGUGGAUCAUUCCCCAUAUGGCUAAAGGCGGGAAAGUUUUCCAGUCAAACAGUGUGGCUUAAUUUAAAUGUUCUUGGUGUUGUUAUGGCAUUUUGAUGACCAUCAUGGAAUUCUUGCACUGUACAAAUUUCUCUGGCUCUCUGUUUCACUGUGUGCAAUGUUCUUUUAAGAAGUAAAAAUGUAAGUGAAAAUGGUAUUCUUUAAAUGUGAUGGGAACAAAUCUAGCAUUUGUUUUGAGAAUAAAGCAAAGUGCCAAUUAAUGGUGGGUAAGGCCUCAUUUUGACCCUAAAUAUGGGUUAUUAUUUAUCUCAAACAUAAUCUCCAUUUAAUAGAAUAGAAUAACCGACGAUGUUUGAUUGUAAUCAAAUUAACUGAAACUUACUUUAGAUUGGAUUUUAGUUGACCCAGUGAAACAUAAAUAUGUGAUAAUUACAUCAAUGUCUCAUAACCUUUGACAUAUUCUACUGAUGUUUGUUGCAUGACCUUUGGCAGAAACAUAUUGUGCUUUGAAGGGACAGGGGAUGUAUUGAUUUUCUAACCAACAACAAUCCACUGCCAGAAGGCUAAGUGACCUCUUGCCAUGGUGUGAUUUACCAUUCUCUGUACUUUGCAGCAAUCCUUUGUUCAUCACAGAAUUUCCAAGGUAUUCCAAACUAUUUUGUUACUAGCAGGAAACACAUCUAAUUUAAAAAAUGGGAUAUUCCUCCAUUUACAAUCAAGAGGAGGAAACUCCACCUCAAAAGUAAAAGAUCCAGGAGAUUUUGUGAGAAGAGAUCAAAUAAGUAGCUAAAUAAACGUGGCAGAGUACAUACACCUCAGAUUAUUUAGGAUUCGGUAGUUGAAGAAUAACUGAUUUGGGAUUAUUGCAUGAGUUGGACCCUAUUUGCAUAUGGUUUCUGUCUCUCUUAUUCUGUGAUCUUUUACACCACAGAUAAAAAUGCAACUCCAGACUAGUAUGCCUAAAGAUGCUCAAACAUUUGGACAUAGACUUGUUUGGGAAUUAUCCGAAUUUUAAAAAAUUGUAACAAGUCUCUCAUUACCUAAAAUACCAAUCUCUUACCAUUGUUUUUAUAUGGUCUGUGUAGAUAUUACAACAGAAACUUGAAACACUUUCUCAGUAACUCACAUUUCACACUUCAAUUUACUUCAUGCAUUCUGGGGGAAAGAAAAUGUGCAUUUCAUUGACACAACUGCUAUCAUGCACUGAAAUGCUGCAGUAUACAUUUCAAGAGAACAGAUUCACAUAGCUGCCUUAACUACAGGUCCUCUCAUCCUUCCAAAGACGGGAACAUUAUGCCACAUAACAAGCAUGGCAGACACAGAAAGUUCACUGAACUUCUACAUCGGUAACGGAGUGAGAAAGUGAUGAUUCUUUAUCUCUGAAGAUGAAUUCAGUCUAAAAGCCAUCACCCAUUUGGAUUAAAAACAGAAUUCGCUGGGAACACUCAGCAGGUCAGGCAGCAUCUAUGGAGAGAGGAAAGUCAGUUAAUGUUUCAGGUUGAUGACCUUUAGUCAGAACCAUCGGCAGACCCAUUUGGAUCAUGCACUUUCUUGGUGAAAAUGAGUUCCUAAAAUCAUAUUAAUGCCCAAUUAUAGUCCAAGCUGAGGACUGAUCAUGAAGAAAGUUACAAUCACACAAAAUCCCAUUGAUUUUUUGUUUGGGAAUGUAGAGAAUGAUUUCCUUAUAAUCUGAUCUAUUACCAGCUACCAACACUCAUUAUCCUCUGACCAGAUCUGCUUACAGAUUAUUAGUGAAUAAAUGGACAGAAUUUUACUUUGUUACAAUAUUCAUUGUUGCAACUGCCCAAAAUAUUGCUCAUCCCUCUCAGUAGAAACUACCUUCACUAUUCUGUUAUUACUUAACCCCUUCUCUUAAGUUUCUCUUCAAACCUUUCCUACGUUAUCACCUCUUCUGGCACCCCGUUUGCUCAACAACUAAGAAAGAAAACAUGUUACCCAAUGCCAAAAGAGAAUACUCUAUUAGUUAUCUGUGUGAGUUAGCUGGGUAGGAACACAUUGUAAAACAAACUUUCAAGCGUGUCUGGGAUGUCCUGUAAACUAUCUUACAAGAUGAAAUAAAGGUUUGUGUUUGUGGUCAA